UACACCAUUGUCUUCCUUCCUAAUCCAGGCAGCAGCCAUGCCGUCUAUAAUAUAAAAGCACGUGUUUCUCUACCCUGUCAUUCCACGCCGGCUGCAAAUUCAUCAACCACCUCUCUUCCAUUCCAAACCAUUUUUCCCGAUUCUCAAUUUUUCUCUUGUUUUUUUCUUUUCCCUUUCGCUGUAUAAACGUAUAGUCCCUUUCGCGAGGAAUCUGUACUCUCAAAAGUUAUGUCGACUACUUUAGGAUUUAACUUUACAUGUAAGGUUCCCAUGGAGUCCUGCAAAUCUCAGCCUUCCAUUCUUUGUUUCUUGGUGAUAUCAAAGCUCAAGGGUAAACAUCAAAUUCUAAGAAACUCCAAGCUUCAACCUUCGGCCAGAAGUCUUAGAUUGCAGAAUACUGACAGAAAUAGGAACAUGGCCUUCUGCAACAGUAGCGUUGAACCAGGACCUAUAGUUCCUUCUACUCCUACUCCUGGUCCUGGAUCCUGGAAACCCUGGAUUCUGGGGAUUCUGAUGAGUAUAAUCCUACCCAUGUGGAGGGGCAAUUGGCGGCCAUUAUUAAAACUCAAACUAGAGGAAGCUGAAACUAUAAUAGACACGGUGGAAGCCGUGGCGGAUAUUGUGGAGAAAGUGGCGGAGCAAGUGGAGAACGUGACGGAUGAGCUUGGCGAUCUUUUACCAGAAGGUAAACUUAAGGAUGCACUUGAAACUGUUGAAGAUUUGGCCGAUGCAACGGCUGAUAGUGCACGCAUAGCCGGAGACUUCAUUGACAAGGUAGAAGACAUGGUAGACCAAAUGGAAGAAAAGGUGGAAUCUUUAACGAAACAAAACAGUGGUGAUGAAGAAGCCAAAGAGAAAAAGGAAACACCUGCUUAGGCAAAACAUGUGCAGCUCUCAUCAAUUGUAAUAAUUCAGUCCAGUUCUAUCACUUUUGAAUCA